UAUUGCGAAAUACCCGGAAUUGUUUCGCGUUUUCGCAUUCUCGGAACGAUGGGACCCCAGCCACAGCCGAUGCGCCCCGCUGUGGCCACCGUCAGCAGCAGCAGCAACGCUAGCACCAUAGACCAGCACGACAAGAACUUGCGCACGCAGAUAUACUUGGACAUAGAACGCAAAGCCAAGUCCUGUUCGUACACCUUGUACGAGUGUUCGCUACCGCGGCUAGAUUCGUACGCCUACUGUUUCCGGCACAUCCUGCAAGAACCGGAUGCGCCUUACAAGCAGUGCGGCUACUACUACGCCAACGGAAAACGGUGCGGGGAACCGUCACCGAAGUAUGACGCCAAGAAGGAUUACGGAACCAACUACUGCUUUGAGCACAGCCGCCAGACGCAGCUGUCGAAGACGAAAUCAACGAUCGGCAAGCUGGUUCCGGUCGAGACGACGGAAACGCUCCUGCACAGUUUGGCGCACCACGCGAAGGUGGACAAAAUCAAGCAACACAGCCAAGGGAACACGCCGCUGAAGAUCACUGUCCACGAGGAUGACGAUGAUAACGAUGUGGACGUUGUUACACCGUCCGUCGAUCCAUUCGUCGAUGUGGACGUCACGUCGAUCAACGAUUCCCGGCGCAUCGUCCUCGAUUACGCGUCCGACUCGAGCUCGAAUGAAGAGGAAACGUUGCAACCGACGUACGGUGGCUCCUGGAAAGGCCACGAUAUGGAUAACUCGGACAAUGAAAGUGUCGACUCGCAGGGAGACGAUCCGCUGAAGCACGCCGGCAUCUAUACGGCCGAAGAGGUGACACGGAUCACGAAGGAGAAGCUGUCACGCCUGCAGAGCCUGUACGUCCAGCAGCUGCACCGGUUGCAGCACGUCCUGUGCGAUAAGCGACGGACCUAUUUGCAGGAUCUGCGCAAAGAGCGCGAAACGCGCUGCAGCAUUUAUGACCAGAUUCAGGAAACGCCCCGCGAACGCCAGCGGUACGCGAAGCUGAAGGGGCUCAAUCGCUACCAUCGCAAGUACGGCGUGGAAUCGAUCCUGCAGCGCAAGUACCUUGAGAAGCGUGCCAAAGCGACCGAGGGCUUGCAGCAGAAACCGCCGUCCCUGCCGAAGUGUGCCUACACCGAGGGUGGCGUAAAGUGUGGCGAGCGGACGCUACCGUGCUGCAAGUUCUGUCGCAAGCACAUCUUGGAGGACAAAAAGCAGGUACUGUUCCGCGUGUGCGGCAUCGAGAAGGGUGGCGUUAUCUGCCAGGAGCCGUUGGCCACAUUGUUCGAGAAUGCGACUUGUCCGUUACACGUUGAACUGCCGGCGCAGCGAACGUUCAACAAGCGAAAGUAUGAAUCGGAAUCGGAGGGUGAAGUUGAACUCAGCGUUGUUGCAGUGGACGAAAAGAUCUCUGCCGGAACAGCGGGACCUUCAACGGAUAAACCUAACGGUGCCGAUGAGCAGCAGCAACUGGAUCAGAAUGACGUUGCUGAGAGCGCAGAGCAGGCCACCGUAAAGUUGGUUGAACCGAAAACGGAAGUCAGCCGAAAAGGCAUCAAACAGGAAACAACUGGCGUCACGGCAUCUUCACCGCGCACUCGUAACACACGCGCCGCCCGUGCCGCCCUCGAGCGAAAGCAAAAGGAGGUAGAAGAUCAGAUAUCGGCUAUCAUUAAGCAGGAGCAGCAAGACCGAGAGGCGGAACUGACCAAACCAUUGGUAGAGCACAAUGUCACGAUAGCGCACGAUGUUGCUAUCGAUUCGUUGCCAACCUUGGACACUCCGAAAGAUUCAGCAAAGUCCUCGGACAUACAGGACACCGUCGUCGACUCGUUGCACGAUAUAGAAGACAAGUUGCCGGUCAGUGUGAUCGAGACGAAAUCACCAAAACACGAAGCACAAGAAGAGGAACAAAUCGGCGCCGAAACUAACCCCGGAAUGAAGCAAAAUGUAGAAAGCGAGCAACUAAUGGGUGCCACAACGGAUGAUAGUGGCCAGAACCGGGCGACACAAGAUGUGAAAAGCGAACCAGCGAGUGAGUGCCCCAUAGCCAGUAAACGGCGCCGCGUUAUGGAUGCUAAAGAACAGAACCAAAAGGGUGGUGAUUCAAAGUCAGACAAAGAGGAACUGAACAAGAGCGAACUAUCUUCCGCAAGUGCACCGGACACGGCGGAAGAUCACGAAAACGAGCCACAAACGACAGUGGAGAUCGAAGUGACGACGACAACGACGAAGAGCGCCAAUGAAAAGUCACGUCGUCAGCAGAAGUAGCGCUCAUCUCAGGAUUUGGUGGCGUAGCUUGGUUAGUUGGUAAUUCCCUUCCGAAUUGUGCAUCUUAACUGUAAGCGAUAAUAAACUAACGUAUGGUCCACCAUAAACGGGUUCUCUUUUGUCCCCUCUUCGUCGGGACGAGAAGCCCAGUAACAGCCCGACAAACGCACAUUUUCCUUGCGGCUUUUCUUUAUUCAUACUUCAUUCGGGUUUGAAAUACUUUUUCAGUUUUUUUUGUAUUUUUCCUCGCAGUCCGCAAAAAAACCUACACGCGAAACAACAGUUUCGCUUCCGAAGGAACAGAACUACAGAGUGUGACACAGUCGUCGUGUAGUAUUUGCUUGUUUUGUUUAAUGUGAGAUACAAUAUGUGUAUGUAGAGUGUUAUAGUUGGAUAAAUUUCGAAACGAUUUAACACAAAAAAUAAUAAAUCGCAAACAGCCUGAAAAAAUACUUUGCACGCCUCGUCUGCUUGCCUCCUGUUUGUGCCUUUCUCUGCCUUGCUGUCCAUGAUUUUAUCGGUGCCUUUUGAGUGUCCGUAGCAGGAUCAAAACCAAAAUUACGGAGUCCUUGCUUCGUUACGUCAACCCCGGUUUUUCGUUUCGUUUUACCUAACUCUCCUGUUGUGUCCUGUCGGCAACGUCCAUCAAUACAUGCCUCACGCUAAAUAGUUGUGUCGACCAUUUUGUCCCUUCUUUGUGCUUUUGGUUAUGUGCUAGACCAUUCCACGUCUCUUCACACCACAAUCCGAGCGUAUUGCAAUAAACAAUAUAUGACUAUAUUUCCGAUUCGUCCGAUCCGUGUUUCGCUCCCUUUUCCAAUU